AUGUUUAUCAGGACCCCUAAUACUCUUGCCAGGGCCUACCUUUUGGGACUACUCUUCUGUAAUCUCUCAGGGUCCUGGGCCCAGGUGCAGCUGGUGGAGACAGGAGGCAAAUUGACCUAUGAGGGUCAUAACUUGACCUUGACCUGUACCGCCUCAGGGCUCCGCUUUAAGGAGUUUUCCUUUUCCUGGCACUGGAGCCCACCUGGAGGCUCCAAGGAGUUGGUGGCCAGUAUCACUGCUGGGACAGGUAACAGCCAGGAGUACAGGAAGGACAUUCAGGAUAGAGCCUUCAUUUUCAGGAACAACGAGGCCAACACAGUCUCACUCAUUCUACGCCAUCUGCGGAAGGAGGACUCAGGCAUUUACUAUUGUGCAAGACCCACCAUGUUGAGGAUCAGCUGUGAUAAGUGGGACGACUUUGGGCCGGGAACAGAGGUGACUGUGCUUCCACGGGAUAAGAUCCAACUGAAGGAAUUAGGAGGAGGCCCCUACCCAAGCAGCCUGACCCUCAGCCUCAAGUGCCAAACCUCUGGCUUCCAAUUCAGGACAAGUAUAUUAGGCUGGUACCUUUGGGACCCUGGACAUGCCCCAAGAUGGCUGUCCAGCCUUGAUCAUACAUCUGCACAAACCAAUGAAGGCCGCAUUAUCUCCUCCAGGGAAGACAACAGCAGCCAGAUUUUUCUUCAGAUUAAAGGACUGGGCCUUGGGGACUCUGGCCAUUAUCACUGCGCAAGGAGGGUGGGUGACGGAGGUGACACAGACAAGCUGGUCUUUGGUCCUGGCACAGAUGUCACUGUAGAACCUGGACCUCAGACCCCUCUGUCACCCAGCGUGUUCCUGGUGAGAAGUCAGGAUGCUGUGGCCUGCCUGGUCAGUGACUUCUACCCCAAGGAACUCCAUGUAUCCUUGGCCUCUCCCAGGGCCCCAGUCUCAGCCCAGGCCCUCACUGUGACUUCCACAGCCCAUGGCACCUACAGUGCCAUCCAGAUUGGCAGGGUUGCUGAGAAUGACACAGUAACCUGCUCAGUGCAACACCAGGGGAAAGAGAUCCUUGUGUCCUACCAGCCAGAACCCAAGCAGAGAAAUAAGCUACUCCUCAGUGUGAUGAGCCUGAGAUUGCUUUUUAUGAAGAUUGUGGCCAUCAAUAUCCUGUUCACAACUAUAGCUUUGAUCUUCUGA